AUGAAGGAAAAAAAAUCUGCUCGUUGUUGGUGUCGUCUGAACACAGCGGCACCUGACCGACUGAGCAGUCGUCAUCAUGGCAUGCUUGCCGGUCGGCAUCAGUGCCGACGACUUACAGCGCCAUCCUCCACUCCUCCACUCCUCAUCACAACGAUCGAUCCGGCUCUCUGCGUACCGCUUGUUCCGUC